GUUUUUACUUAGACAGAAAAACUUAGUUUUCCUUUAGAUUACAGACACACAAAUAAUAUAUAUAUUAGAAUAUCAGUUAGGUAUAUACUAAAAUGACACUAAAAUUGUCCAUUUGCACUGCCCGAGACCUAGAUGAGGCUAUCAAGCUGCAGAAACGCGAACAAUAUGAAGAGGAACGGAAGAAACGUAUUUUCAAUGCAAAGCAGCGUCUGUUUGGCCUGGAUCUGGAUACCUUGGAGCGUCAGAUAUUAGAGAAAAAGAAGCAGAAGAGUGUGCAAAUCGAAUGCGAUAAACGUUAUGAGGAGCAGGAACAAUUGCAAAAGCGUCUAAUCACCGCCAAGGAGAAGGAACUAGAGAAGGAGAAACGCAUUGCUGAUUCGAAUUUGAAUUAUUAUCGUUGUCGAUUUCAGCGCAAGGAACAGCGCCGUGAAUUCGAUUUGAAUGAUCCCGACUACCUGAAGAAGGCGAAACCCAUGCGUGUGGCUGACGAUGACAUAACAUUGGGUAUAUCCAGUGCUCAGGUAUUUCUGGGUGAGGAUCUGUAUAAUAGUGAUCGUAAACAACGUCAGCGAGAGCAACAGCGUGCCUGGCUGGAUCAACAAGUGGAGGAACGCAAACAGGCGGAGGAGGCACGACGGGCUGCGGAUAAUCUCAUCAUGGACAAUAUCAAUUGUCGGGAUAAACAUCUCGAAGAGAUGGCCAAAUCGCAGCAUUUGAUGCGCAAUCAAAUAAUCCAAAAGAUACGCCAAUACAAUGUCAAUUUGGCCAAGCAAAAGAGUGUGGAUCGCGAGCGUGUGAAACGUGAGACCAACGAAGAUGAUAUGGCCGAGAUCUAUAAUAUGUUGUCGAGCGACAUGCUCACCGAAAAUCCCGAUGUGGCCCAAUCGCGCACUGAUCCCAAUAAGAAAAUUGCCUACAUGUAUCGCGGCAUGAGUCCGGAUGAGUUGAAAACCUUCCGUAAGUGUCAGGAGCAACAAUUGGCCGACACAAAGCAACGUAAAACGGAAAGCCUCUUGAUGGACAAACAAUGGGAACAAUACGCCAUCAAUAUGGAUCGCACUUUAAUGCUGAAACAGAUCGAAGUGGAUCGCCGUCGUCAGGCCCAGUUCGAUGAGCUGACCCGUGCCAAUUUUCAACUAGCCGUGGACCAGGACAAACAGCGUAAAGAUGCUUUGAUUCAACUAACGAAUACAGUAUCCGAUGACUUUUACGAUCAGUUCAAUAAGAACUCACGUUAACUCUUUGGUUGCUUUCUUUCGACUCUUUUUUUUGUUUGUUCGAUGAAGUUGUAAGUCCUACCUCAAUGGUUUGGAGUUAAAUUUCAUUUUUAAAAUAAAAUUGAUAACAGUUCGAGAA